GUCGUGGAUAUGACACUUGAAUUGAGUUAGGAUGGUUGUGGUUUGCGCAUACAUUUCGUAUUUAUCUUUGUAGUAUAGUUCUUAGUGUAAAAUGACAAAGUUCCACGUUAUUAUAUGUGGCGUUUAUCGAUUUUUCUAAAGUUGCUAUGAGACAACAUUAAUGGCGAUCGCUUAUGUGAAAUAUUCUAAUGUACUCGCUGCGCAAGUCUGUUUUGUAACAUGGACGUGUAGCAGACGACGUAUUCGAUUAAGAAGUAAAUUUUAAAUAUUAAGCGGAGUAUGUAAUAAGAGACUGUUCGUAGCAGGAACAAUGACCACUUGGGCGACACAGUUAGCUCUGUGUAUACUGACUUUAAGAGCUUUGGGAUCAUGUCUCUGAAGCCAUCAAGACGAAGCUUGCAUGUUGUGCCAAAGGCAAAGCUUGGAGAACUGCAACCUCUUCCUGAACCUGUUGAAGAAAUGGCUGUUGAAGUGGAAGAAACACCAGUGUCUUUCCAUCGCGAAAGGCUGUUGGAGACACAUAUUACUGCCAGCAUGCUGUCAGCACUCCAGCUAGAUGGGACAGCAAGUGAGAACUCAGCACCCUCUUUGUCAAGAGAAGAAAGUUUUUAUGAUAUUUUUGGGUUUGACUCUGCUGAUGAUGGUGACCAAGGAAGAUCCUGGCAAUUUUCAGAUGGCACUGAGUCAUCUGGGUUUGGCAACAGUGUUACCAGCUUCAUGUCAUGGUCUGAUGAUGUUGAAGUUGAAACAACAAGAACGGUACAAGAACUGAUUGAUGAGUUGGAGAGAUGUUUUUAUGGAGAAGAAUCUUUGAAUAAACUGAAGAAGGAAGUUGCAGAAGAGUGCUUUGAUUGGAGAAGUAAAUUCCCCCACUAUAGGGUGAGGGGUGCUGGAAUAGAUUUCAGUUCAUUGCAGCUGCAGACACCCUACAAGAAGAUACAUGUUGAUGACAAAGUGACAUCAGAUGAAGCAGUUUGUGUUGUGCUGGAGGAUAAUGGAGAUAGUGAAGAAGAGGAAGUAAUAGCAAGCCAUGGAUCAUACCAGGAGAACCUGGAACCGAAUGAUGGGUGCAAUAGGAAUGAUAAUUCUAGACCAAACACUGCUGAAGGUAGCGCUGUGAUGUGCUAUACUAAGGAUAUAUCUACAGAGAGCUUGCGGCAGAAAGUGAAGGACUGUGUUAUGGAGCAGCUGUUUUCUCAUGUGUGGUCAGAAGUUUCACGAAGUUUGGAACCACUGUUGCACCUUUACUCUGAAAAUAUAUCGCAGCAAAGACCCAGUAAUGCUGCAUCGUUGCAGGGACAGAGAAGAAUGAAUACUCCAACACUUGCAGCUGCUGAUAUACCAUUUAUUCCUGUCUCAGAUAUUUGUGAUUCUGAACUUAAUUGCAUGCUGAGUGUGUCUGCCAAAUCCGUACGGUGUUCUGCAAGAAGGGCAUUGGUUUCUCCAAUGCUUGAACUAGGCCUUGAAUGUGAUGAGUCAGUUAUGUCUCAGUUAGCCAGAACAGGAGUUUCUGUGGACCCUGUAAAACAGCCCAGGGAGUCCCAAAUUGUCAGUUUACCCAAACCUUUGAGUUUACACUCUGCAAACCAUGUGUUGGGCCCCACACCAACACUGGAGUCUCGAGGUUAUCACAGCGCUGCUGAUAGAAGGACAUGGCCUAUGUUAAACAGGAGGUUGAGUAGCAUUACAUCAGGUCGUGAGACGUUUCUGAGGCCUCUGGAGGAACAGCAGACAGUGGCUGCAAAAGUGACUACAACCUCGAGACAGGUGUCAGCACCUGCUUCCCCACCAAGCUGGUCCAGAUAUGUCACACUGCCACCUAUCGACCGCUUGGAUCCACGCAUCAAGGGUUUGAGUUCACUACAUGAACCCAAGAUUAGGAGCUUUGAAGUUAGCCCAAAGUCUAGAACAUCUGCAAAGCAGAAGUUACAGGGCCUUGAUUCAACACAUAUAUCCAAGACCAGGAGCCCUAAAGCCAGCCCAAAAUCCAAAAUUUCAUCUAGAACGAAGAUAUCACUUUUGCCAGCUGGUUCAUCAGGUCCAAUCAGUAUCCAGGGAAUUGGACUUCCAAAAACUGACAUUGCGAAACAGAUGCUGGAGAUACACGAGGACUUGAGUUUUGAGAAGAAGAAUGGCAUAAUGUCAAGUGCAAAAGAUAGAAGAUGCAAGUGGAAUUUGAGAGAUCACAGCCAUGUGAAUUGACAUGUACCUUCUGGAAGGUAUGCUGUUCAUAGGGUGCUACAAAACUCCUAGCAGAUGCUAAUUUCAUCAGAUUGAUGAGAUGUAUUUUUGUGAAGACUUUUUCUAUGAUGAACAGUGAUGAAGUGAAAAGAAAAGUAUACAUUUUAAUACUUAAUUUGUAAAAUGUGUUGUAUACAAGAUAAAUAAAUUAUUGAA